AUGCCCGGUCAUGCCAGUGCACCACAGGAGGCUCUUCGGGCAGACGAGGUCCGCCAGGGCGAACAUGGUGUGACAAUGCCACUCUCUCAUCCUACAACACCCCUACCUGAGGGAGGAGAGAGGAAUGUGGCCCCAGCAGCCGUGGCCGCUAUGCAGCAACCACAGCCACAGGAUAUCCCUGAGCCACAACGAGAUAUGUCGCCACCAGUGGACGCUGUGGCGCCAGCUCCUGUCCCAAAUGGGGGCAACACUUCCCCUACAACUGGAGAACUCCCUGUCCUACCCUCUGUGGAGGAACAGCCAGUUCCGGUCUCAAGGGCACAGUUCCAGAAGGAACAACAAUCGGAUCCAACCUUGCAGGCAGCGUGGUCCCUGGCGAGGGGUGAGUCACACACCACUUCUCCAAAUGACCGCAGCAAGUUCGUGGUGGUAGGUGGCCUGCUCUACCGGGAAUUUUGGCCCAAGGACUUUAGGGAAGGCUGGUCACCUCUGAGGCAAUUACUGGUCCCAGCUGCAUACAGGGCCAAACUUCUCAGCCUGGCACACGACCAUCCUAGUGGACAUUCAGGAAUCACACGAACAAAGGACAGACUUAAGAAGGCUUUCUUCUGGGACGGGAUGAACAAGGAUGUGGCCAUCUUUGUCCGAUCCUGUCUGGUCUGCCAACAAGUGGGAAAUUCCAAAGAUCAGACAAAGGCGCCUCUACAACCACUUCCCAUUAUAGAGGUACCUUUUCAGAGAGUGGCAGUGGACAUUUUGGGGCCCCUUCCCCGAAAGACUGCCAGAGGAAAGCAGUAUAUCCUCACAUUGGUGGACUUUUGCACACGGUGGCCAGAAGCCGUGCCACUGGGUGCCAUCUCAGCCAAGGCCGUGGCUCAAGCAUUGACGGACAUCUUUGCUAGAGUAGGGUGGCCUUUGGAGAUCCUGACGGACGCAGGGACUAACUUUAUGUCCAAGGCCGUGAACCGUCUCUGGGAAUCACAUGGGGUGAAGCACCUCACUUCGGUCCCAUAUCAUCAUCAAACCAAUGGCCUGGUAGAACGUUUUCAUUCUACCUUGGGGACAAUGAUACGAAAGUUUGUGGAGGAACACUCUAAUGAUUGGGACUUGGCUCUGCAACAGUUCCUCUUUGCCUAUAGAUCUGUCCCACAUCCCAGUUUGGGCUUCUCACCUUUUGAGCUGGUCUAUGGUCACGAGGUGAAAGGGCCACUGCAGUUAGUGCGCAGACAAUGGGAAGGUGACCAACCUUCACAGCAAACAAAUGUUGUGGAUUUUGUCACUAAGCUGCAAAACACGCUCAGGUCAGCGUGGCAAGAAGCUCACGACAAUCUCCGACAGGCACAACAAGACCAAAAGGCUUGGUAUGACCAGUUUGCCAGGGAGCGAUGCUUCCAGCCUGGAGACCACGUUAUGGUCUUGAAAGCAUCCCGGACUAAUAAACUUGAGACGUCCUGGAUAGGCCCAGCCACAGUGCUUGAGCGAAUGGGCCCUGUGAACUACCUUAUACAGCUCCCUGACACCGGUCUCAAGCCAAAGGUCUAUCAUGUCAAUUCCCUUAAACCCUUUCACGAAAGGCCGCAGUAUCUUCUUGCCCUCGAGGAUCCAGAGGCAGAGGACGAAGAGUGGCCUGAAGGGGCGUUCUACGAUAAGAGGGAAGGAGGCAAUCUGGAGGACAUUCAAAUUCCCACAAGGCUCGACUCAAAUCAACGCACAGAGUUUUCACAUCUAACAUCCAGGUUUGCUUCCCUAUUUUCUCCAAUACCUGGCUUGACCAUGGAUCCUCAACAUGUAGUAGCAGCGGAUGACAACCGACCUUCGGCCGAACAGCCUCGACGGGUGUCGCCGGUGGCAAAACAAGCCAUUGAAAAGGAGAUCAACGAAAUGCUCGAGAUGGGGAUCAUCCGACCCUCCCGCAGCACUUGGGCAUCACCUGUUGUAUUGGUGCCUAAGAAAGGAGGUAAAGAGAUCCGGUUCUGUGUGGACUACAGGAGACUCAACUCUGUGACACGUCCUGAGCAGUACCCUAUGCCUAGGGUGGACGAACUCCUGGAAAAGCUGGGACGUGCCAAGUAUCUGUCCUCUAUAGACUUGACCAAAGGCUACUGGCAGGUUGCUCUAGCUGAAGAAUCCAAACACCGCACUGCGUUCAUCACCCAUAUGGGCUUGUUUGAGUUCAACGUGCUUCCAUUUGGACUUCGCAACGCUCCAGCAACUUUCCAAAGGCUAGUCGACUCCCUGUUAAGGGGCUGUGGAGACUUUGCGGUAGCCUACCUAGAUGACAUUGCGAUCUUCUCUGACUCCUGGGAAGACCAUCUGAAACAUUUAGAGACUGUCUUUCAGCGCAUUCAGGAGGCUGGCCUUACAAUCAAGGCCAAGAAGUGCCAGUUUGUGCUGGAGAGGGUGACCUACCUUGGUCAUGAGGUAGGCCAAGGGACUAUCACGCCUUUGCAAGCAAAGGUCGAGGUGAUUCAGGACUGGCCAAGACCAAAGUCCCGAAAACAAGUCCAAUCCUUCCUUGGCUUGUCGGGUUAUUACAGGAGGUUUGUACCACACUACAGUCAGAUAGCAGCUCCUCUGACAGACCUCACGGGUUCAAAGAAACCCAAAAUAGUGAAAUGGACCGAAGGGUGCCAGGAGGCUUUCGACACCCUGAAGAGAGCUCUGACAUCUGAUCCAGUCUUGAUGGCACCAGACUUUGAUAAACCCUUUACUAUAGCCACUGAUGCUUCCGACAGAGGCAUUGGAGCUGUCCUGAUGCAAGAGGGCCCAGAUGGCUUCCUACACCCUGUGCUGUUCCUCAGCAAGAAGCUGUCUGCCAGAGAAUCCAACUGGUCCAUACCAGAGAAGGAGUGCUACGCCAUUGUCUAUGCCCUAGACAAGCUAAAGCCUUACGUAUGGGGCCGCCAAUUCACUCUCCAGACCGAUCAUGCAGCAUUACGAUGGCUUCACUCAGUGCAGGGAGCAAAUAAGAAGCUGCUCCGCUGGAGUGUAUCCCUACAAGACUUUGACUUUGAAAUUCAACAUGUGGCUGGAGCCUCUAAUGUGGUGGCUGACUGUCUCUCCCGCAGAGGGCUAGUGGGCCACUGAGGCCAAUGAGGCCGCACAUCUUUGAACUACCUGAACUUCCUAUAUUGUUGAACUACCUCUCAUUUGAGUUGUUCUACUGUGCAUUAUGUGUUUGUUUACAUUUCUUUCACAGGUACCAAGAUGACAUCCUUGCCAGGGUGGCUCUGAUCCAGUGUUCCAGGCCAAGUGGACCUUGGGGGGCGUGUCACAUGUCUGCUUAUGUGCUUUCUCUUUGGCAGGUUGAAAUCUCAGCCAGUUUGGUCUCAACUUGCAGUUUCUUCCAAACCGUCCGAGAUUUGGGGGGCGUGUGAUGGCUGGGUCUCCAGCCAUCUGGGAACUUCUCCUGAACACAAAGGGUUAAUCUGGGAGGAGGUGCAUGCUAAUGAGAGAUGACAUCACAUGCUAAUGAGCUGUGACAUCAUAGCUGAUGU